ACCAAACUUGCCUUAUUCCGUAAUACACACAUAUAGAAGAAUGUUUUAUCUGAUUCGUAUUAGAUGAAUUUUGGAGUUAGAGGAAACAAAAGCUUUUGGUUGAUUUCCCUCUUCUGAUGAAUUCUCUCAUUCAUAGCUUAAACAUACAGUGGUUCUAUAAGAGUUUUUCAAUUGCAGAAAUUAUAUUAGUUAAGAAUGUUUCUUUCCUCUUAGUCUCUACAUUUCUCAAUCUGGGUUCAUCAUCUCUCCAUUGCUUUUCAAAAUUUUCUGUCUCUCUCUCUCUCUAGAAGCAAAGUAAUUUUUAUGAUUACUUAAACAUGUGGGGUUUUAUUCUUGCCUCUAAUCAAAGUCUCUCCGGAUCCGUUGUGCUGUUGUUACUCAAUUUUUUUUCUUUCUUUCGUGAGUGAUUUAGUUGUAAUGUUACUAAUUUUAAGUAUUAUAUUUCUUCUAUUAUGAGUUUGUUCAUGGGAGAGUGGGUAGAAUGAGUUGACUAAUUCAUCUCCUUCUGGUUUAGAAAAACUUUCAAAAAUCAAAUUGCCCCUUAAAAAUACACCCACAAGUAUAAUUCUUAAAAAUAUCGCGUAGGGAACACAACCCAAGCAACAAUUGAGUUGAGUUAUGUCUUCCAACGAAGAGGUAACAAUCCCUUUGACAUAUUGGGUGGACGAUAGCAAAAAUCGUGUAGUUGUGGCAGAAGCAAGUGGGGACUUCGUAGAUAUUCUCUUCAGUUUCCUCACCCUUCCUUUGGGAACUAUUAUUAGGCUUGGAAACAAGUUGGAGCAACAUAUAGAGCUUGGCUGCAUCAAUAAGCUCUACGAAAGUGUUGAUAAAUUGGAAUCUAAUGUUUUCUGGAACAACGUCUGCAAGAAAAUGUUGCAUUCUCCGCGCAACCCGUUAGAGAGUUCUUGCCAAAGACUAAAAGUGAAAGUGGAUGAUACAGAACCCACCAGGUAUUUCGUGUGUCACAGCUGUUCAAAGGAAAAAGAAUUGUUGCUGAGUACCUUUGAUGGUGGAAGGUGCCAGUGUGGGAAAUUGAUGAGAAAAGAAACGAAGUUGCUGGAAGAAUCCAAGGAAGAGCUAGGUAGGGACAAUGGUGUUUUUGUUAAAUCAGAUGCCAUGUUCUUGAUCUUGGAUGACUUGAGAGUGCUCCGAAGCUCUGUAGGUGACUCUGUUCAAACGUUUCUCAAGCAUCGACACAAAGACAUCAGCAAGCUCACAGAAAAAUCUGAAAAUGUUGGCCUCAAGGAGAUAUUGAGCAUACUAAAGCAAGCCUUAAUCUCCAAAUGUCCUCUGAGUGAUGUGUUAUUGAAAAAUGAAGGAUCUAAGAAAUACUCUUCCUCACAAAACACCGGUCCCAUUCAUUCCAAAGGACAUGUAAAAAUCAAAGUAAUGGUGAGGAAAUCAGAGAACAAGAUUUUGUUUGCUGAAGUAGAUGCAGGUUUUGUUGACCUUCUAGCCAGCUUCCUCACAACACCUAUUGGAUCUAUUGUGAAGCUUAUGAAAGGAAAUUUGUGUUUGGGAAGCAUUCGUAACUUGUACAAAAGUGUGAAGCAUCUCAAUCCAUCAUGGUUUGUAAGAUCAUCAAAUGAAUCUUUAUUGAAUAUAAAGGUUGCUCCUCAUUUUGGUUGUAAGAGCAAUCCAUUAGGAGAGGAGGAUUCUCCUCAGUAUUGGUAUGGCCCUGUAGUGGAGAAAGAUAACGAGGGGCGUACAAUGAUUUCAAAGAAAAAAGAAAUGUUACGAGAUCCAAAAAAAGUGAAACUUUUUGACCCAAGAUCUUCUGAUGGAGCAAGAGAAGCUGGUGUGGGAUUUAUGAAGAGGCCAUGUCUAUUUCUUGUGACCGAUGAUCUGGAAAUGAAACCAAUGACGGCUUCUUCUAGCAUUUCGUAUUUGAAAGAGCUUGGGAUUGAGAAUUUGAAUGAUUUGGAGGAACAUUUUAUUAAAGUCAGAAAGUCACAUGAGGCACUAGACUUGUUGAGGGUUUCUCUGACAAACAAUAAAGAUGCUUUGACAAAAAGCCUAUUCUCUCAAUUCUGGAUAUGUCAAAGAUGCAUCCCUUGCUUGGGUGUAUUGGGAAGUCGACAACAAGGUAAAACUGAAAUAAAAAAGGAAAAGAAAGAAAUAAAAAAGGAAGAAAAAGUUAUAUCAGUUAAAAAAAGGAAUGACGAGGGAGAAAGAGAUAAGAAGGAAGUGAAGUAGAAACAAAAAGGUGCAAGAGAAAAUAGGUAUAUGUUAUUCAUAAAUUCUGAAAAAGUCAGAGGAAGAAAUUUAAGCCUAAACUAAAUUUAUGAAUGAAGAUUGAAAAUGGGUGUUCUAGUGCAUUGUUGUAAUAUAUUGAUGAGUGAAAUAGUUAUGUUCAAGUAAAUUGGACGACCAUGUAAUAUUUAAUACAAAUUUGAUUAUUGAAUUAAAUUUCAGAGCUAGUCAAAGAACUAAUUUAUUUGAA